AUGUCCAACAACAAAGAGGAGGACGAUUUACUCUACGGCGACAUCGUCACCAGUCAAGGCGAGGACGGGCGAGAAAGUUUACGAGUCACGCGAGACAGAUUGGAGAAGAGCGAGAGACACCACGCAGAACGGAUCGAACAGUUGGAAGCAAAAGUCAAACAGUUGGAAACAGAAAACGAACGGAUAACGAAAGAGAAUAGGAUUUUAAUGCAGAACAUAUCGAGCUUAUACGAUACGGCGAAACUCGAGUUGAAAAGGAAAGACGCGAUGUUGCACGAAGAGAGGAUGAAGAGUUUUAAUGUUGGGGGUGGUGGAACACAACGAGGAGGAGGGGGAGGAGGAGGAAAAAAUCCGCCGCCGCCGAAACCGCCGCCUGGAGGACCACCUUCCGGGAAGAAGAAAUAG